GUCAUUAUCUGCGUGCGACAUGAGCUUCAUUACCUGCGCGCGAGUGUCGGAACGUCGCGCGACCCCUUCUGCAUUUCCUUACAUUAAAGAAUAUCCUCCUUGAACUUUACUUUCAUGCUCGCAGUAUUUGAGUUAGGGUCGUAUGAUAUUAUAGGCUACACGUGGAUUUUGGUUGGUUUUUGUUGUUUUAUUUGAUAAAGCUCAACAUGGAGGGAAAGUUUUUUUGCGGUCAAAACGCCAUUUUUCACGGAGGAAACACCUUGAAUACAAACACACAGAUAUUCAUUUUCUUUAUUUACAAUUGUUUUAAGUUGCAAAACAGACGUUUUAUUCACUACGUGUGACAUUUAUGCUAAAAUAAUGGUUGAUGAAGUUUUUGUUGUGGUUCAUUGUUUUGUUAGUAAUCCUGGAUAAUCUUAGAUGAUUUGAGCGUUUAUGUGAUGCAUUAAUUAAAUGCAUCAAUUUUAUGAAUAUGUUAUUCACAUUGUUGGAGAGAUCAGUUGUUUUGAUUGUUUGGAUCCGAAAUUUAACAUUUGUUUUGUUUUUUCGUAAACGCAGUGCAGAAUAAUUUUAUUAAUAAUAUUAAUAAUAAUAAUAAUAAUAAUAAUUUAACAUUAUAAUAACCUGUUUAUUUUGGUUGUGGUGAAACAGUUGAGUGAAACACUUUUUUGUGAUCUUGAUCUUGUCAUCUAUCAAAGCAGGAUAAUUCAUCUUAAGUAAGAGGCUAGUGGUAGUUGUGCCCAAUGAGCCGUCUUUCAACCCGCGGCGGGCCUACACCAGCGAGGAUGAAGCCUGGAGGUCUUACCUGGAGAAUCCUCUCACUGCGGCCACCAAGGCCAUGAUGAGCAUCAAUGGAGAUGAGGACAGCGCAGCAGCUCUUGGACUUCUCUAUGAGUACUACAAGGUGCCCAAAGAUAAGAGAGUAUUACCUAUCGGCAAAGUGGUUGAAAUUUCAGAAGAGCAAGAAAAGAGAAACACCACAGUAGGAAACGGCAGUCAAACAGAGCCGGAGACGGUAGAUAACCACGUCCAGGUGCUAAAAUCAGUACCGGUGAAUCUGUCGCUCAACACCGAUCACCAGGACAGUAAACGGGAACAGUACAUCACAGGCCAGGGGGAGAGCGGGACCGUUGCGGUGGUAAAAGCUGAAGUUUACACCCCUAUCCUCUUGGGUUCAGGGGUUCACUACAGAACCGAGGGGGAAGAACAAUCGCGGGUCAUCUACGAGCAGGCCCACUCGUUCGACACGUCUGCCGUCUGUCAUGGUGGAUUUGGAAAGGACGAUCACCGCAGCAGUCCAGAUAGCACAUACGAAGAAGACAGCAAUGAAAAGUAUCGCCCAUCAUCUCUUGGAGCUGAUGACUUCAUAUACGACCAGACAGAUAUAGAUACCUUCCAGUACACACUAGAAGCUACCCGGUCAUUACGACAAAAACAAGGCGAGGGGCCUAUGACCUACCUUAACAAGGGCCAGUUUUACGCCAUUACACUGAAUGAGACCAGUGCCAAUAAACGUCUCCGUCAUCCCAUCAGCAAAGUGAGGAGUGUCAUCAUGGUUGUGUUCAGCGAAGAUAAGAACCGCGAUGAGCAGCUGAAGUACUGGAAAUAUUGGCACUCUCGCCAGCACACAGCUAAGCAGAGAGUUCUGGACAUUGCUGACUACAAAGAAAGCUUCAACACAAUCGGGAAUAUCGAAGAAAUCGCCUACAACGCUGUGUCUUUUACCUGGGAUGUGAAUGAGGAAGCAAAGAUCUUCAUCACGGUGAACUGUCUGAGUACAGAUUUCUCCUCUCAGAAGGGUGUGAAGGGUCUUCCUCUCAUGAUCCAGAUUGACACGUACAGCUACAAUAACCGCAGUAACAAACCUCUACACAGAGCUUACUGUCAGAUCAAGGUCUUUUGUGAUAAGGGAGCGGAGAGGAAGAUCAGAGACGAGGAGAGGAAACAAAACCGCAAGAAAACAAAAGGAAAGGAUGGAGGAGUUGGAGCAGUUACCCUCCAAAAAAAGUGUGACACCACCUUCUUUAAAAUGAUGAGUGAUCUGGACGCCCAGCCGGUUCUGUUUAUACCCGAUGUGCACUUUGGGAACCUACAAAGGGCGGGCCAGGUAUUUGCCUUUAAUACUGAGGAAAUUGACCGAGAGGGAAGUGUCCUGGUGAAGAGAAUGUUCCGGUCAUCCGAAGAUGAAUUCAGUCCCCCUCCUCAUAAACAAUUUAAAGAAGAAAUACACAAGAAAGUGCUUCUGUAUGUGAGAAAAGAGUCAGAUGAGGUGUUUGAUGCUCUUAUGUUGCGAACACCCACUCUCAAAGGACUGAUGGAUGCAAUUUCAGAGAAAUAUGGUGUGCCCAUCGACAGAAUGGCCAAGAUUUACAAAAAGAGCAAGAAAGGGAUCCUGGUGAACAUGGAUGACAAUAUCAUUGAGCAUUACUCUAAUGAAGACACAUUUAUCCUGAGUAUUGAAAACUACGGCGAUGGAUACAAAAUCACAUUAACGGAAAUAUGAUCAUCAUCGCUUGCAUUUUUAAUAUACUGUACAGACUUAUUACUUGGACUGACUGUAGCCGUCAACACUGCAGUUAAAUUCACACAGACCGACCGUCAGCUACAUCUGAUUCAAAAUGAUCUGCCAAUUCAUUUGAAAUCACUAAAAGUUGAUAUACCUCAUUCCUAAAAGACCUCAACAUGGAUUCCAGUAUGAAUAAUUCAUUGAGAGUUCAAAUGAUCCUGGAUCUGUCCGGUGGGAAAUAUGGUGUUGAUGCUGAUUAUCCUGCUGGGAAUGGAAACGCUACACAUCCAACAGUACAGGAUACAAAUGCAGACUGAAGCACAUUUCAUUUGGUUUUGAAGAGUGUCCAGAAAUUCAAGUCAGAAUUUAUCCCAAAGGAAAGUCACAGGAGUGGAAUUUUAUUAGAGACAUUUGUAAGAGAGAUGCGAUAUUCACAUAAAAACAAAAGUUGCUUUGAUGUAUAUGAUACAUAUAGCAAGUGUUUUCUAUUGGGAAUGUAAUGCUGAAUUACACUGUUACCUGUAGAGCUACUGAUCUGUGAAAGUGUCCAAUACUGUAAAUGUUUGUUUCUUUUUGUUUAACGUUAUUAUUAAUAUUAUUAUUUUUUUUAACAUAGUAAAUAUCAUUUAGUUUCUGAGUGUCUGACAUCUUUCUGAUGUACAUUUUUAUGAAAAUACCACGUGUGCCAUUUCAAGUUUUUUAUCUAUUUGAAUAAUGUUGAACUGUAAAGCACCACAAUUUUAAAAGCAUUGGGGAUUUGUAGCCGAGAUUCAUUUCAGCCAUGUUUAUGGAUUGCACUCAUCUUUUCAAUGUGAAAUAUAUUUUUAAAGGUCCUGACUUUCAAAGUAAAGGCUGUUGAAGAUUUCACUUUGAGGUUUGAACAUAUCUACAUAUUUCCAGCCCAGAUAUUUGCAUUUUCCAUGUUAAUAAUGUAUUCCAUAUUCCAUGUCUUCCAAAAAGAAAUUAUGUAAAAGGGCACUUUGGAAAAGAAUAAUUUGUAAAUAAAUGCAUUUUUUAUAUAU